CUGUCGUAAAAAUGUCAAAACAACCAGCAUCACAUGUCAAAGCCAUUCAGGCUAAUAUUAACAUCCCAAUGGGAGCAUUUCGACCUGGUGCAGGCCACCCUCAUAAAAGAAAAGAACUUACACCUGAAGAAGUGGAGGAGAAUGUUCCUGCUUCAACAGAGGAGGAGAAAGAGAAGAAACUUCUCCCAGGAGCUAAGAAACUUCCGGGUCCUGCUGUCAACUUGUCAGAGAUUCAGAGCAUAAAGAGUGAGCUGAAAUAUGUCCCCAAGGCUGAACAGUAGCUGGAAGAAGCAGAACUGGCUCGAUGUGGCAUGAGCCUUGUGACCCCUGUCCAGGAGCAGGCCAUCUACAAGUGUCCCAAGCCCUGCUUUGUACUCAGGACUACACCUGCUUCAGCCACCAAAUUGUUCCUGGUGUGCCUUUUGAGAAAUGUAGCUCUUUUAGUGCCAAGGCUACCUCUGUUUCACACUUGUUUGCAAAUUUUUCUUCAGAGACUAACAUUUUGUAGUGUUUGAGCUCACUGUGUGUAGGCAGAGCAUC